AUGCGCGUGGCACCCCUCCCCCCCCCCUCCCCACAUUCCCAACCCUACCCCAAUGCAGAUAAGCCGCGGGUGUACCAAGGAGUGAGGGUGAAGACCACAGUCAAAGAACUCCUGCAGAGGCACAGAGCCCGCGAGGCCAACCGUAAAAAGGGAAAAACGAUAUCUCAAGGUUGCUUGGAUCUUCCAGCUUUAUGUGCGUCAACCCCUCCAACCCUGAGCUAUGCGGAACCCCUCUCCGCCCCCAUUGCGGACCCCGGCUCAUGUGGUUCUGCAGCGCUCCUGCCGCGCCCCGCCUCUUACCCGGUCUCCGACAUCGGGUGCAGCAUCCCGGCACAGGAGGGCAACUUUGCUUUUGGGGACAUGAUAGGGCCCACCGACUGCUACGGUGCAAACAACAACAGCGGCGAUUGCUACGAAAGCGCUGUGCCGCACCCUCCGUCCUUCCCGUUGCCCUGGAGCCACGACCUUGCCUCGGACUCGGACAACUUCGGUCACGCGCUGGCUCCCUGCUCCUCACUGGAGUCACUACAACUCUGCAGCCCCUUGGAUCCCAACAGCUACUCCCCCCAGGAUUCUUUCUCCUCCUCUUCCUCUUCCUCUUGCUACGACUCGCCCACCAGGAUGGAGUGCAACUUUAUUGGCUACGCCUCAGAUCACUGCCACAACCAGCACUGCACCCUCCAGAACUGCUGCUGCCUGACUCAGUGCCGAGCCAACCCAAAGGAGAGCUUCUGCGCUCCUGAAUACUCGCCUUAUUACCCUCCCACAAACUAUUCCUACCCCUGUCUGGUGGAAGAGAAUUAUUUCAAAAACAAUUUUGCAAUGAGCACUGAAAUGUGUUAUAAUGUACUAUGAUGUCGGGUUGAUUGCUUUUCAAGCACUCAGUGAGGAUCUGCUUGUGCGUGACAAGGAUAGAGUUGAUAUGAUGAGUGGUUUGUGGAUGGUUGAAUGGAGUGGCUGAGUUUAUUGAUUUUUGGAUGUUUGUUUUUAUUUCUCAGAUUUAUUUUCAUAACCACAACAAGUUGACCUUUUUAAUAAAAUAUAAAAACAUCCUAAACAUUACGAGCUAUCUGUUCUGCAGUUCUGGGUCACACAAAAAUAACUUUUCAGGAGAAAAUUUUUAGGUUUGGGAUGCUCAUAGUGCUCAGGAACAUCUGCAGCUGUAAAUUCUGGACCUCUGUAUGUAUCAACAACCCAUCCUUCCAUUUCCUGUUUAUACAGUAUAUGUAUACUACUCUUUCUCUUCACACCAGGAAAUUCCUUUGAUCUGCUUGUUUGCAUUGGCUCAAAAGCAAAGUUGAAUUUUUUUGUUUGCUGCGGUUUGCAUUUACAUCGUACAUUCAAACAAAGCAUAGACCGAGAAAUGGUUUCUGCAUUACUGUUCUGCAAUGUGUACUGCCAAGUGGACUGCCAAUACUGUACAUAGUAUUAGGUCCUAUACCAGGACAGGAACCUUGUAUCAUGAACUGUGUAGCAGCAUUUAAAGGAUCAAUAAAAAAGGAUGAAG